AUGGGUAAUAAUGCCGAAAAACUCGCUGGUUUUGUUCAAUCAAUUUCAGCAAAAAAGGAAUUAACCGAUCGGAAAGCGUUUGAGAAUCUUCUUCGCCAGAGGAAUGAGUGCAAGGAGAAGCUGGAAGUGGCGUUGAAUCGAUUGGCAACAUGUAUUACGGAAACGAAUGAUGCGAUCAAAUUCCGAAUUCAGAAGAUCACCCCUCGCAUGGUUAGUGCAAAUAGUCGGCUUGAUAUGGUGAAUACUCAUUUUCAAAAGUUUCUCAUGAGGGUCCGAGAAAAUUUGGACCAUUUGGACUCGCAACAAUUGGAGACCAAUCGAGAAUUCGACGAAAUCCGCCGAAAAACCUAUUUGGCGAGGAAAUAUGCGAAAAAGAAAUCGGGGAUGAUGCGCACUUGCUAUAAUUGGUGUGUUAGCGCUGCUAAUUGGGUGCUCGUCAAACUCGGAUUCAACGUGAAACUACCAUUGGCGACGAAGAAAAAGUCUCGAAGCGCGCGACUUGAAUUCAACGAGUCGGAAAUGUUGAAAAUCGAUUUGCGGAAGUCGCUUCAGUAA